GUGCAAUGUACAAUUUAUAUACUUAUUAUAUUAGGAAUCAUUAUUAAUAACAUAAUGACCGCCUAACUGUCUUUCAUAUCUCGUAGUAAAUAUUAUAAAAGCACUUAAUUGUAUUAGUUCCAAUGUGACCUAUUCUAUAUUGUAUCUAUAUUUGUAUGUACAUAAUAUCUCUAUUUUUUGUGAUAAAGAAUAGUAAUUAUUUGUCUGUAAACAUAAUUGUUUAGUCUAAAUUACUGUAUGAAAAAAUUAGAAUAGAUGUAAUACAUAUAUAGAAUAAGUUGUUCAUGAUUUUAUCUCGAAUGAUGAUCCAUGUCAAAGUCUUAUAACCUACGAGUUGUUAAAUUAUAACACUAUGUCAAAAGUUAAGGAACAUGACGAACAGGAAGUUUUAAAAUUGGACGAACACUUUAAACGAAUUUUAACAUAUGUUAGAUCGUACAUAUCGAAUUUGAGGUCCAUAGAAGAAGCACAUUUAUGCAGAAUCUGGCUUAAUAAAUUGCAUUCGAGUAUUACACAACGUAAUUUGAGGAACGAAUAUUUAUUAGAACUUUCUCGACAGUUAAAAACAGGCACGCUUGAAGGAAUAUUCAAAAUUGAACCACCAAAUGAUCUGUUACCGCCAUUGUCAUCAUCUUGUCAUGCGAUUUGCAGUAAUUCAUCUUUAAGUGAAUUGUCUGAUUAUGACAGAAAUCAUCAAAAUUGUUUAAUGUUAAAUCAAAGAUCGAAUGAUAGAAAUCACUUGCAAAAUAAAUUAAAAAUUCAUGAUUCUGAUUCGAGUUCAAAUGAGUAUGUGGUGCAUGAUAGUAUGAUAGAAGGAAACCAUUUACAACUUUGCAAAUAUUGUAUGUGUGUACUAACUGCCACGCUCAAUAAUCUUCGAAUUCAAAAUGAGCGAUUGAAGCAAGAAUUAAUGAAAUGUCAAGAGAAAAUGCUAGACAAUGAAGCAUUUCGAAAAUGCAUCAAACCACUGACAGUUCCAAUACAAACUCCAAAUCUUAUGUGGAAAGUUCGAAUGCUCAAGAAAACUAUCACAAAGCUGAGAAAGUUAAAUGAAACUAUAAAGCACGUUUAUGAAAAGAAAUUACAACAUAUUGUCAAAGUACUAGAAACAUAUAAACGCAUUUUCUCUAGAAAUUUUUAUUAAGAAUAAUUCAUUUGAUUCAAGUACAUCUUAAUUCUAUAAAAUAUUUAAUUAUUUUAAAUUCAUUUAAUUUUUCAAAAUAGAUCAAAUAUCUAUAUCAUGUUACAGAAUAAGAAUCUUGAGAUUAAGAUUUUGCAACUGCAAUUCCAAGAACAAAAGAGCGAAUUAUAUUUGUCUUUAUGUUCAGAAAAGCAGAACGAACUAUACAAUCGAGUGGAAUCUUUAGAGGAGAAAUAUAAAAUAAUUUUAACAACUGUUCUUGAAAAUCAGCGACAAAAAUAUCUUACGGUAUUUUCAUUUGCGAUAUCGUACGCACAUUUCAAUUAUUCCUCGUUUCCAAUUUUAGAAAUUACAAAUCAGAAAGUGUAAAAUUUGAAAUAAUUUACAUAAACAGAA